AUAGAAAACAAUCAAGCAAAAUGCAAUAAAUGUUCACAUAUUAGUUCUAUUCGUUGUAUUGAUCAGAACAAGGAACUGGAAAAUCAUUUUUCGAAUGAACAUAAACUUGAUUACGCUCAAAUAAAUAAUUUUGUCAACUGGCUAAAAUUGUAUCAAAAUGUAAUUUGUUUUCAAACAUCAGAAUGCGAGACUUGCAAAAACAUUUCUAAUGACAAUUAUUUUAGUUUAAUGAAACAUUUUAUUAAAGAACAUCCAAUCAAAUUUCUCUUACAUCUAAUAUCAAAAAAAUUAUUAGAUAAUUUACAAAUUUUUAAAAUUUUUAAUGAUGCCAAGGAUAUUGCUAAACCAGGAGGCAGCAAUCAGCAGCCACGUCAGAAUAUUAAUCAAAGUUCUUUCAAAAUCACAUCACCAAGGUUAUCAGAUAUUUCAGAGUUUAAAAGUUCUGAUAAUGACAUAGAAAAUGUAAGUACAUCAGCAAUAAGCAGCUUUGAACAGCCAACUCAUUGUCAGAUAUUAAAACUGGAAGAAAUGUUACCAGAUAUUCCAGAGAUUAAAAAUUCUGAUAAUAACACAGAAGAUGUUGGUACAUCAACAAUAAGCAGCUAUCAACAGCUAACCCAGGAAUUAAAUAAUUAUGAAGAAAUGUUAUCAGAUAUUUCAGAGUUUAAAAGUUCUGAUAAUGACAUAGAAAAUGUAGGUACAUCAGCAAUAAGCAGCUAUGAACUGCCAACUCAUUGUCAGAUAUUAAAACUGGAAGAAAUGUUACCAGAUAUUCCAGAGAUUAGAAGUUUUGAUAAUGACAUAGAAAAUGUAGGUACAUCAGCAAUAAGCAGCUAUGAUCAGCCAACUCCGAAUAUUGAUCAAAGCUCCCAAUAACACAUCAAAAAGAUUAUUAAAUGAUAUAGAUUUAGAUAUUUCGAGUGAUGAUGAUGAUAUUGAAAAUAAUGCUACAUCAAGCUGUCAGCAAUCAUUUUAGAGUAUUGAUCCAAAUUCCCUAAAAAUUUAACUAACGAGAUUAAGUGACGAUGACAAGUUUGAAUGAAGACUUAAUUACUAACAAUGAUGGCCAAAUUAUUUUCCUUAAGGAGUUUGAAAUGGUAAUUAAAAUUAGGAUGCUUGCUAUUACGGAUAUAAUAAA